CAAGAAACAGCUAGGCAUGGGACUUCCUUGAACACUCUCAGACAAAACUCAACACCUCUUCAGGAGCCAUAUCGAGAAAACAAAACAAAGGCUCUUCAACAACCCAUGCAUAUCAUCUUGAAGUCUUAUUCGUUUAUUCCCUAUAUGGUAACUACAAGGGAGGGGGCACACACACAAAAAAAUACCAAGAAAAAAUAUCAAAUAAGUACUUUUAGCCUUCCUGGAUUAAAUGGAAUUGCAAAAGCCGUAAAUAAUCACAUUUUGAUGUUUAUAACGAAAGAUGCUUCGGUUUUCUAACGGCUAUAAACAUAUGACGGGAAAACAGUAGAUCGUGUACUUACAAAUCCCCUUGCUCUGUGAAAUUUCGUCUGGGUUCUUUUUUUGCCAGUUAGUUAUACGGUGGAAGUGGUUUAUCCAUAUUUUGCUCUUUUUUACGACGGCAGGGAGCGAGGAGCGGCAACAAUACCGACAUGAAAUAAACUAAAAGCCAAGCCUGUUUUGUCAGCUUUGCUUGUAAGGGACCUUGACAUGAAAAAAAAAAUAAGUAAAGUUCAGAUGUUCGAUGAAACUUGCCUAAAUCAACGACGUACAAUUUUGAGUUUCAGGAUGUCUUAGAUUUAAUCAUUUCAGAAACGUAGCAUUUUAACCUCCUUCCACGACUUCGUUUAUCCCUUGCCGUCCGCCAUAUUGGAUCUUUGUACAUACUUGAAAUACCCUAGAGUCGGUCUACCUGUGGCUAGAUGCCAUAUUGAAAAUUACCCAGAAGAAACCAGUAAGACGUGACUAUACCGCGCGUGUAAAAAUAUUCGAGUUGUUCAAUUUAUAAAGACUAUACUUAAAAGUUUUCCAAGCCCAAAAUGCGGUCUUCUUUUAUAAAAAAUGCCAAAUCUGAUACAAUAACUGAUCAAUAUCCCCAUCCCUCCCUCCCUUAUCAAAUCCUCUACUCGCCUGUCAACGAAAACCUUCAAUAUUUGGUGUGUUGAAGUAUAUUCCGAAGAACGGUUCCAAAUGUGUCAAAGUAAAUAGAAAAGGAAAUUGUAAUAAGAAACUCCAAAACUCAAUAAAAAUAAGCAAUACCAUAGGUAAUAUUUUUCAAACAAAGAAAUUGUAAUUCAAAAAGCUUAAGAUUUUCUUUGAAAUAUAUGUUUUUUCAGCAUGAGCGAACCUGAGCCAUCAUCGCCUCGGCCCGAGCGGACUCCGAUUCCCGAACGCUCACCGACCGCUGAACCCGAAUGGACAGGGAACUCUAAAGCCGAGCCGAUACCUGAUUGGACAAAUGCGACCGCUACAUGGCUUGGCGCGUGGGAAGUUCACUGGAUUGGCCUGGGCGCCAUGUUUACCCUGCUGACCCUAUAUGCUGCAUUCUACAUAAUCACAAUGAUGCGUGUGAAACAAAAAAGGCGACGAAUUUUUUCUAUUUUCGUUAGUUCCAUGCUCCUGGUUUUUGGGAUCUCUCGUGCGAUGUUUCUUUUCAUCAAUCCUUACGAGUCUCCGCAAUGCUACAUCCUCCCAUCAUGCCCGGCGUUAUUAACCAGGAUCCUUUUCGGGAUUGGUCUACCUUGUUUAACCGCUGCGUUCUUAUUCAUUCAGUUAGUAUUUCUGCAAGUCGUGGAGAUGAGGCUCUGUCCGAGCAGAGUUCAAAGCUGGAAGUUCCUCCUUGGGAUUAUAAUCACCCAUUUUUCGCUCGCGAUUGUCACGGAAAUUAUUAUCUUUAUAUUUGCAGACUGGAAAUCACUCAGCAUCGCCUGCCAAGCGUUUUUCAUAGUUUUUAGCCUCGCUCUCAGCUCUUCCUUCGUCUAUACGGGGACUACAAUUAUACGUCACGUGCAAAAUAGCUCCCGCGAUGUCGGUAGCAUUGGUCAGCGAAUUGACACCGAAGCGCAUGCGCAUGGUGGAAAGACAAGCCUGACUAAACUUGUGCGAAUAACUUUUUUGGUGGCAGCGCUGGGAUUGGUUAGCUGUGCUCUGCAGAUUUAUUCCAUAUUUGCAGUGUACGAUAUUUAUAAGAAUGAUUCUCCCCAGCCAUGGCCUUGGUGGGCCUUUCAAACGCUUUUUCGCUGCGUUGAACUCGCCUCUGGCUGCACCAUGGAAUAUGUGAGCCCGCGACAGACUGGUAAUUUAAAAUCAAUUAUUUGCUGUGCGCAUGACCAGGAGAAAGCAGUGUUUUAUUACACAGACAUUGAGAAUAGUGAGAACGCUGUGACUAUUCAAAACAAUGGUUUGUAUAAUACGUCACAAGGUAUAUCACUAGGACAAAGAAAAAUUGAUAGGGUCUGAAAAUAAAACAAACAAGGAAAAUAUACCUACUCAACUCUACACAUACAACCAGCAUGAAAAA